AUGUCCCAGCCCAUCAACCGCAACCCGCACCCGGACUUCAAGGCCGUCGAGGCCGCGCGCCCGCCCUGGGACGACGCCGAGCGCUUCCACUUCACGCGCACCGUCGACCCGGAGUGGCGCUUCGGCGACGGCGCGAACCGCCUGCACGGCCAAGGCGACGACAGCGGCAAGACGGAGGCGAAGCAGCAGCAGCAGCAGCAGCAGCAGCAGCAGCAGCAGCAGCAAGAAGAGAAAAAGCACGUCGCCAUCGACCCCUACGCCGAGGGCCGCGCCCCAGGCAACAACUACAAGCUGCUCAUCUCGGCCAUCACGCCCCGCCCCAUCGCCUUCCUCAGCACCCUCGGCGCCGACGGCCGUACGGGCGCCAACCUCGCGCCCUUUUCCUACUUCAACAUGCUGAGCCACGACCCGCCGCUCUUCGUGGUGGGCUUCGACCGCGGCAACGGCACCUCCCCGCCCAAGGACUCGCUCGCCAACGUGCUCGCCACGCGCGAGGCCGUCAUCAACAUCAUCGGCGAGGACUUCCUCGAGGCCGCCAACGCGUGCAGCAUCGACGCCCCCUACGGCGCGUCCGAGUGGGACGUGUCGGGGCUGACGCCCCUGCGGGAUUGUCAGACGGUGAGGCCCGCGCGUGUGGCCGAGGCGGUGGUGUCGAUUGAGGUCAAGGUGGAUCAUGUGCGCGACUAUGAUCGCAAGGGGAGUCCGGGGCAGAAGGGCUGCACGAUUGUCGUGUUUGAGGGGACGAGGAUGUGGGUGCGUGAGGAUGCCCUCAACGAGCAGCAGAACCUCGUCGACCCGGCGGUCCUGCGCCCCGUGAGCCGGCUCGGCGGCAUCUCCUACGGCAGGCUCACCCAGGCCGUCGAGAUUCCCCGGCCCUCGUUCGAAAAGGACCUGGGCGGCCGCGAGGGGCUGGCCAAGCUCCAAGGCCUCAAGAAUUAG